AUGGACAUAGACCUGAAUAGUGUGUUCGAUAGAUGGUCAUUGUUUAUUUCUCUGUAUUUAUCAGAACAGAUAAGACAACGGCUAGAUUCUACAGUGAAACACGCCUGCGUGAUACUGACACUGGCCGCCUUUAUCCUCGCCGUUACGCACAUGAACAUUCAUCGAUUGGCACCAGAAUCAGAAAUUUAUGGUCCAGGGAUAAAGUCUGUGUUUUCCAUCAUAGCGUUAGCACCCUACCUUUCCAUUCCGCUGGCAAUUUUGAAUUGCAUGGGAUUACUUUUUUACAAUCCGUUCCUUAAAAAGAAAGUGCAUCCACAAAAAUCGUUUGCUCCGUCCAUUUGUUUUCGAAUCGUUACCAGAGGUGAUACGCCAGAAUUUGUUAUACAAAACGCUACAUAUAACAGAGAUCUAUGUCUUGCAUUUGGACUUAAACAUUUCAUUGUUGAAAUAGUCUCAGACAAGCCUUUAAAUUGUCAAGAGAAAAACAGGAUACGAGAAAUAGUUGUUCCAAAGAGCUAUCGGACAAAGAAUGGAAGCUUGUAUAAAGCUAGGGCACUAAAUUAUUGUUUAGAAAGUCACGUGAAUUUAUUGGCAAGAACUGAUUGGAUUGUACAUUUAGACGAAGAAACACUACUGACCGAGGCAUCGUUGUCAGGAAUUUUACAUUUCGUAACAGAAGGAAAGGGUGAUAUCGGACAAGGACCAAUAAGCUAUGCAAAUGGAAAAAAGAUAGAAAACUGGAUAACAACAUUAGCCGACAGCCUAAGAUUGUCAAUAGACUAUGCCUUAUUUAGGUUUCAGCUUGCAUUCUUGCACAGGCCUGUAUUUGGUUUCAAAGGAUCAUACAUUGUUAUCCGCAAUAAAGUAGAAAUGGAAGUUGGUCUUGACAAUGGACCAGAUGGAAUUGCCGCCACCAUGGAAACCAUAGCCGUGUACUGGGGAUUAUUUACUCUGAAGUCUAACGAGUUCUUUGUUGUACAGAAGGAAUCUCCCACAGCAAGCAAACGUGAAAGCCAUAUAAAAGUCGUGUGA